CCACUGUGGUUAUAGGUUGCAAAUCAAUUGCUUGGAGUUGUAACAUAGAAGACUUUCGGAAGAAGAUAACUUUUGCUCACUGGUAACUUUUAAAAUUAUAUACCCGCUGUCAAUGUCAAGAAACUGCCAGCUGCUAUGGAGUAAGAUCCUGUUAGCGUAUCACAAAAACAAAAAUUUUAAAAGUAAUAUAAAUUAAAUUGAUACCACAAUUAUUCCUUAAAUUAUUCUUUCGAACCUAUUCUAGAAAAAAUGGUGUUUAAAUGCCAAGAAGACAGUUUCCUAAAAGAGUUCACAUCUAAAGUGCUGAAAUGCGAAGAGACCAAGGAAUCUAUAGUUGAUUAUGGGAAGAUAACAGACUUUGAAGGGUAUCAAAUAGUUUUAGAAAACACUAUACUGUUUCCUGCAGGAGGUGGACAGCCCCAUGAUAUUGGAUGGUUGGAUAACAUUGAAGUUCUGCAAGUCCUUCGUAAAGGAGAUGAAGCACUACAUUUCACGAAGGAGCCUUUAGCUAUUGGUACAACGGUUACACAGAAGAUCCAAUGGGAAAGAAGAUUCGAUCAUAUGCAGCAGCAUUCUGGACAACAUCUUCUAUCCGCAAUAUUGGAGAAGGAGUAUACUUUACCAACCACUAGCUGGUGGCUCGGAGCUGAGGAGAGUUAUGUGGAACUUGAUGCCAGCAGUGUGUCAGAGGAUGUUAUUAGAAAUGUGGAGAACAGAUGCAAUGAUCUGAUCCGUGAUGCUGUUCCCGUUAAUGUAAAGUUUUGUAAAGCUAACGAUCCAGAUCUAAAUGAGGCACACACAAGAGGUCUUCCCAAAGACUGUAUGGACACAAUCAGGAUUAUCUGCAUUGGAGAUAUUGAUGAGAACAUGUGCUGCGGCACUCAUGUCACUAAUCUGAGUCAAUUACAAGUGAUUAAAUUGCUCGGUACUGAGCCAGGGAAGAAAGGGAAAAUACAUUUAAAAUUCCUUGUGGGUAAUAGAGUGACGAAGACAUUUCAACAUAUGUUAGACAGAGAGAAAGCACUUACAGCUUUACUGAAAAAUGAACCAAACAAACAUGAAGAAUUAGUAUUAAAAAUACAAAAAAAUCUUAAAACAACCAACAAAAGUUUGCAAAAUGUACUAACAGAGUUAGCACAAUUCGAGGUGGAUAGAAUAAAAAAUAGUCAACCCAAGCCGAGGUAUAUUUUCAUGUGCAAAAAGGAAGCCACACCCGACUUCAACCGUGUAAUAUGCAAGGCGUUGGAAGGAGACGGUAUGUUUUUAUUCCUUGCAUCUUCUGAACCGGACAAGCCGAAGGAAGGUCAAAUUUUAAUACAAGGUCCUGAAGAACAUUGCAAUAAGCUCGGACAACAAAUAACUGAACUUUUAAAAGCAAAAGGUGCUUUCAAACACGGCAAAUUCCAAGGCAAAGCUGGUGAUUUGUCUGGUUUGAAUAAAUGCAAGAAACUAGUCGAGGAAUAUUUUGCUAAUUUAAAAUAAAUAAAUUUGAAUAAAACAUCAUUCCUAGUUU